UGCCUUAUAAUAACCGACACCUCCUCCUUCCUCCGAUCUCCGCGUCUCCCUCCUCUCUCCCCUCCCAGAUCCAUCUCCCGGUCCCGGCAUCAGACGCGCAUCUUGCAGUUGCAGUAAUGGCGGACGAGAAGCUUGCCAAGCUGCGCGAAGCCACCGCCGGCCUCACGCAGAUCAGCGAUAAUGAGAAGUCCGGCUUCCUCAGCCUCGUCGGCCGCUACCUCAGCGGCGACGAGGAGCUCAUCGAGUGGGCCAAGAUCCACACGCCCACCGACGAGGUGGUGGUGCCGUACGACACCCUGGAAUCCCCUCCUGAAGACAUUGAGGCCACCAAGAAGCUGCUCGACAAGCUCGCCGUGCUCAAGCUCAACGGCGGCCUGGGGACGACCAUGGGAUGCACCGGACCCAAAUCGGUCAUCGAAGUGCGCAACGGAUUUACUUUCCUUGACCUGAUUGUGAUCCAGAUCGAGUCACUCAACAAGAAGUAUGGCAGCAAUGUGCCGCUGCUUCUGAUGAACUCCUUCAACACCCAUGAAGACACCUUGAAAAUUGUUGAGAAAUACGCGAAUUCAAGCAUUGAAAUCCACACAUUCAAUCAGAGCCAGUACCCUCGUGUGGUAGCUGACGAGUUCUUGCCAUGGCCGUCCAAGGGAAAGACUGACAAGAAUGGCUGGUACCCUCCUGGCCAUGGUGAUAUCUUCCCAUCACUGAUGAACAGUGGAAAGCUCGAUUUACUACUCUCACAGGGAAAAGAGUAUGUGUUCAUUGCAAACUCGGAUAAUUUGGGCGCUAUUGUUGACAUGAAGAUACUGAACCAUUUGAUCCACAAGCAGAAUGAAUAUUGCAUGGAGGUCACCCCGAAAACUUUGGCUGAUGUAAAAGGUGGCACACUGAUCUCAUACGAAGGAAGAGUUCAGCUUCUGGAGAUUGCACAAGUGCCUGAUGCACAUGUGAAUGAGUUCAAAUCAAUUGAGAAAUUCAAGAUAUUCAACACCAACAAUCUGUGGGUGAACUUGAAGGCCAUCAAACGCCUUGUUGAAGCUGAUGCACUCAAGAUGGAGAUCAUUCCGAAUCCUAAGGAAGUCGAUGGUGUGAAAGUUCUUCAGCUGGAAACAGCAGCUGGUGCAGCAAUUAGGUUCUUUGACCACGCCAUUGGUAUCAACGUUCCAAGGUCCCGGUUCCUACCAGUUAAGGCAACAUCAGAUUUACAGCUAGUACAGUCUGAUCUAUAUACCUUGGUUGAUGGCUUCGUUACACGUAAUUCAGCUAGAGCAAAUCCAUCAAAUCCCUCAAUUGAACUUGGUCCUGAGUUCAAGAAGGUUGGGUGCUUCCUUAGUCGCUUCAAGUCAAUCCCUAGCAUUGUUGAGCUUGACAGCUUGAAGGUUUCUGGUGAUGUUUGGUUUGGUUCUGGCAUUGUACUGAAGGGGAAAGUGACCAUCACAGCAAAAUCUGGCGUCAAGCUAGAAAUCCCAGACGGAGCAGUGCUUGAGAACAAGGAUAUCAAUGGCCCUGAGGACCUUUAGAUGGGAAUCAUCAAGGAAGCUCACUUCACCAAGUGGCGGAUCAUUUUUUGCAUUUUUUUCCUGUAUAUUCAAACAGGCUCCAUGACACUAUGGAGAAUAUUCAUUGCCCAGUUUUGCUUCAACAUAAUCAAGAAAUAUUACAUGUAUUUUACUUCUUUGAGGGAAAUAUUUUACACACUUUA